AUGAAAGUAAAGAGUAAUGAUAAGGAGUUAAUCAAAAUCAAAAAACCACAGAUUAGUGUAAAAUUUGAAUCUUCAAACAAAACAGCAUUUGACAUGAAGAACAAAACCGAAAAACGACAAAAUAAGGUGGGUAUAUCACAGACAGACGACUUCGAAAGCAAGGUAAGAGAAUUGCUUUGUGAAAAUGAUAAAAAAGUGAAGAAGAAUGAGUACAAAACUGGAGAUACCGUCUUAACACGUUAUUAUACUAAAUCUUGGAAAUACUAUGUUGGUGUGAUUGAAAAUGCAUAUUUGGCUACAAGAAAAUACACUAUAAAUUAUUACAAAACUAUCGGCAGAAAAGGAAAUGUUAAAUUUGUUGUUCCUAAACGAAAAGAUCAAGACUGCGUACCUGAAGUUUCAAUCGUUUGA